AUGGUGGGGUUCCAGGAAGUGAGGUUUCAGGCACCGACCAUAACCGAAGCAGAAAACCUCAAUCAAACGUUUGAUAAAGUAUUGUGGUGGUUAAGGGAAUGCACGAGGCAUGCCAUUUACAAGAUUCCUAGUGCUCUGGUAUUAAAUCUAACAGAAAGAGAGAAGCUUAAUUAA